UCAAUGAAGACGCUUGGACUCGUGACGUUGUUGGUCCUUCGGGUCCUGGGGACUCUCUCCGAGGCGGGGGGGAAGAGACAGGUCGAAGACCCCAACGAUGAAUUCCUCCGGUUGAACCGGGAAGUUGAGAAUGUCGAAGAUACCGAUGUCCGUGGGGCGCUGGCACCUGGUGGAGGCGAUCCGACGCAUCCCACGACAAAGGCUGAGGCACUUCCCGUCUCGCCUCCUCCUCCAAGUCCUGCAGGUGAACUUUCCAACGAGACAGAAAGCACUUGCAAGUCUCCUUACCUAUGCGUACCAUUCUAUCUCUGCGAGGAAGGGAUGACUAUCACGGCAGAGGAACCGAGCAUACCGCCCUUCCAUCGGGACAAACGGGAGUCCGGCCACAUGAACUGCCCCAACUUCCUAGAUGUCUGCUGCCUGGAUCCUAGGCUAUCCACCACCGCAAAGUCUUACAUCCCUCAUUGUGGCAAGAGAAAAGAGAGAGAGCGGAUCGAGUCGGACAACGCAACCUCCGAGACCCAAUUCGGCGAGUUCCCGUGGAUGGCAGUCAUCCUGCACAGGGAGCUCGACCUGCAGGGGAACGUGCAGUCCUUGUACGAGUGCGGUGGCUCCCUCAUUCACCCCCAGGCUGUCCUCACCGCCGCUCAUUGCGUCCACAACCUUGAUUACAGCAAUCUGAUAGCCCGUUUGGGUGAAUGGGACACCCAAGACCAAAACGAGCAGUUACAGCACGAGGAACGAAGGAUCACAAAAAUCGCGAUCCACGAGGAUUACGACGAGCGAACCCUGUUCAACGACUACGCCAUGCUGAUCCUGGAUUUUCCUGUGGAGCUGGACGAUCACAUCGACACUGUCUGCCUGCCGAGACCCGGAACGAAUUUCGUCGGGCAUCAGUGCUUCGUCACGGGAUGGGGGAAAAUCUCGAUCGAGGGGCAAUACCAGCAAGUGUUGAAGAAGGUCGAACUGCCGGUGGUGGAGCAGUCCCUGUGCGAGGAGAAACUGAGGAAAGCCAAAGGAUGCUCUUCCUUCCUCCUUCAUCCCAAUUCCCUCUGUGCUGGGGGAGAACUCGGUCAGGGUGUCUGCAAGGUACGCUCUCGUGUCUGGGGCCGGCAAGGGGGCGACGGAGGCAGUCCACUGGUGUGUCUGGACCCAUUGACGAACCGCUACGUCCAGGCCGGGAUCGUGUCGUGGGGGAUCGGGUGCGGGGAGCGGAACAUCCCGGGGAUCUACGCGGACGUCUCAAAGGGUUCGGAUUGGAUCGAGGAGAUUAUUUCGAUGCACGUUACGUGUACGUAUCCGGAUUGGAACAAGAAGGGUUCCGAUUCCGAGACGAUUUACUGAGAAAUGAUCCUCGUCUGCCAUGCAGAAGGGAAUAUAAAAAAACUUUCUGGGG